AGCUCAAAACUUAACAGUCCUUUCCUAAAUCACGAAGUCCACGUAUAUUUAUUAAUCAUGGGAGUUCUAGAUUUUGUCAAGCCCGGAGUUCUUCUAGGUGAUGAUGUUACCAAGGUAUUUCAAUACGCCAAGAACAACAAAUUUGCCAUCCCCGCAGUAAACUGUACUUCAUCGUCCACAGUAAACGCUGUGCUUGAGACCGCUGCCAAGGUCGGUUCCCCAGUUAUCAUUCAAUUUUCAAACGGUGGUGCCGCUUACUACGCAGGGAAGUAUGUCGAUAACAAGGACCAGAAAGCUGCUAUUCUAGGAGCUGUCGCUGGUGCCAAGCACGUGCACGCCAUGGCCAAGGUAUAUGGUGUACCCGUCAUGGUACACACUGAUCACUGCGCUAAGAAGCUUCUUCCAUGGGUCGAGGGUUGCAUCGCUGCUGGUGAACAACACUUCAAAGAGACUGGUGAGCCGCUUUUCUCAUCUCACAUGUUGGAUAUGUCUGAGGAACCCCAUGAGGAGAACGUAGGUAAGGCCGCCGAGCUUCUCACCCGAUUAACUCCUAUGGGCAUGACCCUUGAGAUGGAGAUCGGUAUUACUGGCGGUGAGGAGGACGGAGUUGAUAACUCAAACGUCGAUGCUUCUAAGCUAUAUACUACCCCUGAGGAUAUCGAUCUUGUAUACUCUACACUUUCUAAGAUCUCUCCCAGAUUUAACAUCGCCGCUGCUUUUGGUAAUGUGCAUGGUGUUUACAAGCCCGGAAACGUUGUCCUAAAGCCUUCAAUCCUAGGUGACUGCCAAGCCUACAUUAAGAGAAAACACAACAAAGAGGAAAAGAACCCAUGCUUUUUCGUGUUCCAUGGUGGUUCCGGUUCUACAGCCGAGGAUAUCUCGGAGGCUCUUGAGCACGGUAUCGUCAAGAUGAACAUCGAUACCGAUACCCAGUGGGGCUACUGGAGUGGACUCCUCAACUUCUAUAAAGAGAACGAGGCCUACCUUCAGGGACAAAUCGGAAACCCCAAGGGACCCGAUGCUCCUAACAAGAAGUAUUAUGAUCCCCGUGUCUGGGUACGCGCCUCCGAGCAGGGUCUUAUCGAUCGACUGGAGCGGUCGUUUAAGGAGCUUAACUGCAUGAACCGUAACUAAGCAUCGGAUAAAGAAGUGGAUGCUCCAGGGCGACUAUAGUGACCUCGUUCUGAUAGCAGAAUAAUAAAAUAUGAAUUCAAUUGUAAAAUA